AUGACCAAUGAUAACCUCUGCUCACAUCUCGACACUGAAUCUCAUACUGCGGCAGAGUCGACGGCGCCCGGCCCGCUUCACAUGAAGUCCUGCAGAAAGGAGCUGAGGAUGCUCAAGCAACUCUGGGAUCCCAUCUCUCUCGUGCGAGCCUGCAUCAACCACUGGAACACGACCCCCUGGAGGGAAGUGGACGUGGAGAACAUGGACAUCGAGUGCAAGAAGUUUGCGAAAGACGUCAGAGCUCUCGACAAGGAGAUGCGGGUGUGGGACGCCUACGUGAACCUGGACUCCACCGUGAAGAACAUUCUGACGUCGCUGAGGGCGGUGGCCGAGCUGCAGAACCCGUCGCUGAGGGAACGCCACUGGGGACAGCUCCUCGUGGCGACAAAGAAGGGGACAGCGAACUUCGUGGAUAAUCCGGAAACAACCUUAGCGGACUUACUCGACCUUAACCUCCACAUGCACGAGGACGAGGUUAAAAACAUAGUCGACAAGGCGGUCAAGGAAAUGUCCAUGGAGAAGAUUAUCAACGAACUGGACUUGACCUGGUCAACUAUGGAAUUCCUGGUGGACACGCAUCCUCGCACGGGCGUCGACCUCAUUCGCACUUCGGAGGAGAUGAUCGAGACGCUCGAGGAAAAUCAGGUCCAGCUCCAGAAUCUUAUGACAUCGAAGUAUAUUGAACACUUCCUUGAGGAAGUGUCAGCAUGGCAGAACAAACUGUCCGUCGCCGACCAGGUCAUCACUCUCUGGUUUGAGGUCCAGCGCACCUGGAGCCACCUGGAGUCGAUCUUCAUCGGGUCGGACGACAUCAGGCGGCAGUUGCCCGAAGAUUCGGCCAGGUUUGACCAGAUCGACAUUGACUUCAAGGAACUGGUGUCGGAGAUAGUGGCGAAUCCCCACGUGCUGAACGCCACGAACCGCGAGGGCCUCUACCACCGGCUGGAGGCGCUGCAGGCGGAGCUGACGCUGUGCGAGAAGACGCUGGCCGAGUACCUGAAGCCGAAGCGCCUGGCCUUCCCCAGGUUCUACUUCGUGUCCACGGCCGACCUGCUCGACAUCCUCUCCAACGGCAACCAGCCCGUCAAGGUCACCAAAGAUAGCUUCGAGGAGCACCGAUCGAAGGUUGACACGUACAUCCCCGAGGGCGAGCGUCCCCGCCGAUGGGAGUUCCACCCCACCCACGCCUUCGCCCGGAUGGACCAGUUUCUCGUCCGUCUGGCCAACAUCAAGGAAAUAUUGGACAUUGCCAAAGAAUUCCUCAAGAUCAAGAAAGUGGAAUUCGGCGGACCAAAAGGCAAGGUUCUGGGGGCUAGUGUCUCUGCCGUAUACAGCGAGUUCAACGAGGCCUACACCGCCUUCUCCAUCCGCACCUACGACUGCCUGGACCCCGCCGAGGCCGACUUCGACGAGAGCCACCGCCAGUUCAAGAAGAAGGUGACGGAGCUCGAGCAGCGCCUCAGCCUCAUCGUGAACCACGCCCUCCAGGAAAGCCAGAGUCCCGAGGCCUACUUCAAGUUAAUAUUCAAGGGGUAA